AUGUCGUCCUAUUUCUCCAUAAAGAAAACAAAGAAGCAUCUGGACAUUGUCAAUGUCUACUGCCACAGACACAGAAGUGAGCAGGAGUUUGCAGCUGCAGGCAGCAUCUGCGAUGAUAUCAUCACAUCAAAUAGAAGGACACGAGGAGGAAACAUUCUUCGGGAUGUGCUGCCAUCACAUUUCAAGCGUGAAGAUACUGAUGGAAUGCACAAUGCCAACACACUUCCAGGACAGGAGGAGGAGGAGGAGGUUUUGCCUCCAUUGGAUAUGCUAAGAUUGACCAUUCAUGAUGAUGGAUACAAAGACGUAGAGAGCCUGAGGAGGCCCUUUUCUCUCGCGACUCCACCAAAGGAAUUACUGAGAUUAAGAUACGUAAUGUCUGAAGCUUCUCGGGGGGAGCGUUUCAUCGCCGACGUCAUAAACAGAACGUUUCCAACAACCAGGGAAGAAGAAGGAGGAGGAAGAGGCUCCACUGAUUUAGAUAUGGUCUUAAAUGAAGGUCCUGCUCCUGACAUAAAGCUCCUACUCCAGUCGCUGACUGUUCCUUCUCCGCCUCUGAGGAAAAUAUGGAUUAUUUGCCUUUUGAUACACCGAAUGAUGAUGAUUAUGAUGUGGAAGAAUGAAACAAACUCUGCAAGAACAAGGAAGUGA